AGCCGCCUCGAGCGGGCGCCCUCCACAAGCAGGGCGUGCCUGCCCUCCGCCGCCGCGCCGCCCCGCCGCAGCCGCCAGCGGAGCACGGGGGAGACGCGCCCGCCCGCGAGUGCGGCCGCCAGCCGGCUUUUUGGCGCGCCCGUCCGCGCGCGAUGGCCUCGGGUGCGCAGGACGCCCCGGACGCCGUGUCGCUCCUGCGCGCCGGGGAGGGCGAGGCGGCGGAGCACGGCGGCGCUGACCGGAGCGGGCAAAGUCUUACCGCCGGCAGCGCGAGGUUCAGGCCCCCCGUGCUGAUCGCGCUCGUGGCCGCCGGCGCGGUCGCGCUGUGCGUGGCGCUCUACCCGGUGCCCUCCAAGGGCGCCAAGCCGAAGGGGGCCGCCCUGCGGCACCUUCAGGACGACGGCUUCUGCAACUCCCAGGUGAGCGGCGGCUACGCGCAGAGCUACGCGUUCCAGCUGCCGGCCGAGUGGCAGCAGAAGUGCACGGGUCAGGUCGCGAGCACCGUGCAGGCGCCGCCGACCGAGACGCAGUUCAACACCCAGAGGAACUGGUGCUGGCACUGGAUGAAGCACAAGGGCUGCAAGGACGUCAUCGCGUCCAAGAAUUGGAUGGAGGCCCAGCAGCUGACCGCGGGCAUGGGCCUGUGCCCGCCCUACGAGGAGGCGCCGAUCGAGCCCGUGACCAACGCCGAGCUGUGCUCCGACCCGGGCCUCGGGCAGCUCGACGACGCCGCGGCCGACGCCGCCUCGGCCCUGGAGCGUGGCUGCAGACGAACGUGGCGGUCUACGUGCUCAACCUGGACACGGACACCGAGCGCCUGGCGGCGGUCACGGCCAACCUGCAGGGGCUGGGCAUCGAGUUCGAGCGGAUCCCCGGCCUGGACAUGAGGGGCGAGGGCGCCUUCGAGCAGGCGG